AUGUCUAAUAAACCCAGUGUCUUAUUUGUCUGCGUCCACAACGCUGGUCGCUCGCAAAUGGCGGCCGGUUUCCUCAGUCAUCUUGCAGGUGACAGCAUUGAAGUACGAUCCGCCGGAUCUGCCCCAGCCGACUCUAUCAAUCCCGCUGUCCUCGAAGCCAUGCGUGAAGAAGGGAUCGACCUCAGCAACCAAAACCCCAAGAUCCUAACUGCCGAUGCGGUACAAGCCAGCGAUGUUGUCAUUACCAUGGGUUGUGGGGACGUCUGUCCAUUCUUCCCAGGAAAGCGCUAUCUCGAUUGGCAGCUUGAAGACCCAGCCGGGCAAGGCCUACAAUCUGUGCGAACUAUCCGUGACGAAAUCCGUCAGCGUGUUGAGAGACUUAUCACUGAACUCCGCGCCCACGGUUCACCAAUUUGA